AUGUGUCAAAUAAAUUAAUAAAUUAUAAAAUCCUUAAUAAAAAAUAUCUGCGAAGAGACUUUCGAAGUUCUCUCCCACAUAUUCUGUGAACUUAGUAGCCAUGGAUAAAAACAAAAAUCUGAUCAAGCCUAAUAACAGUAACCAUGUGCCUCUUACUUGGGGUAUCUCAUUGAAAUUAUUUACACAAUAGCAAUGUUAAAAUAAAAUAAAGCCAACAGUCCGUAUUAGACUUAGACAAGCAUCUUUAAGAUUAGCAGGCAGGAAAUCUUUGA